UUGCCAGAGUAUUCCGAAGUGACAUAGUUUGCGAAGUACACAAAACUGACGAAGUAUAUCGUCUAUUCCAAGAUACAGUGCUACGAAGAAACCAUGAAUGAAUGAUUGCAUGUAACUGGAUAAGUUGAGUGUUAACACAAUUUUUCAGGAACUGUCACUCGUGGAUUUUGGAUGGUGUCUUCUUAUGACAUGAGUCAUCAUUGACCUAGUUUAGGUGACAUGGCUAGCAGUCAGCCAGUGAAGAAAGGAGAAUGGUUGGAGGAGAAGGUACUGGGCUCAGGUGGCUUUGGUCAAGUUGUUCUCUGGAAACAUGAGAGUAACACAGAAUACAUAGCCCUGAAGAAAUGUCGGAUACAGAGUGAAAUGAGCCGGAAGCACAAGGAACGCUGGACCCUGGAGGUGGACAUCAUGAGGCGACUGAACCACCCUAACGUCAUAGCAGGCAAAGAGGUCCCAUCGGAACUGAACGUCAGUGUGGGGGAGCUACCACUUCUAGCCAUGGAGUACUGCUCAGGCGGAGAUCUACGGAAGGUUUUGAACAAGCCAUUUAAUGGUGUAGGACUGAAGCAGUAUGACAUCCGAUGUCUUGUCAAAGACGUGGCCUCAGCAGUAGAGUACCUACACAGCAAAAGAAUCAUACACAGGGACUUAAAGCCAGAGAAUAUUGUGUUACACCCCACAGAAGAAAGGGUUGUAUAUAAGGUUAUAGACUUAGGUUAUGCCAAAGAAUUGGACCAAAACAGUAUGUGCACAUCUUUUGUUGGAACUAUGCAAUAUCUUGCCCCCGAGCUUUUUGCCAGUCAGAAGUACACAUGUACUGUGGACUACUGGUCACUGGGUACCUUGGUAUUUGAGUGUAUCACGGGAUUCCGUCCGUUCUUGCCACAGGCUCCACCUGUCACAUGGCAUGAAGAAGUACGCCAGAAGUCACCAGAUGACAUCACUGUGUAUUAUGACUCGGGCGGAGAAGUGAAAUCCUCUAAGAAAAUCGUUACACCAACGCAUCUGUGCAGGAGUAUGCAGGCUUACUUUGAACAGUGGUUGAGUCUCAUGCUGAGAUGGGACCCUAAAUCUCGGGGAGGGGGACUCAUUGAAGGAAGGCCACAGUGUUUUAAAGUCCUGAACACAGUGCUGAAUGUCAAGAUAGUCCAAGUCUUAUUUGUGCCAAAUAAUCAACUUCUUUCAUAUCCACUGGUGGAAAACUACUCUAUGCAAGAUCUACAGCAAAAAAUUGAAGAAGAAACAGGGGUCAAAGUUCAGGAUCAAGACAUUCUAUUGGCUGGUGGGGCGUCACCUGACCCUAAUCUUGGUGCUCAUCAGUGCUGGACAGCUCCUGCAGAAGAAGACUGGGUGGUGUUUCUGUUCAUCAAGGGAGAUAAUCAGGGAGGCGAGGGAAGCAGGAGGAAUAAGCCUCUACCCACUAAUGUACAGGGAAUAUUCAAGGAGCACACAACAGUUCUUCCAUAUCCAGAGCAGAAGCGAGCGUGGGCAGAGUGUGUAUAUUUCUGUGGUCAGCAGGUGGUGGAUUUCAGAAGACUAAACCUAGGUCAAAGGGCAGCUAUGUUGAGCUUACUAAGAACAAAUAACAGUUUUUCAAAACUGGAGAAGAAUAUGGUCAGUAGUUAUGAACAACUCAUGUCCAAAAUUGAAUACUUCAAGGAGUGUUUGCAACAUGACUUAGAUUUGUAUGACAUUCAAAGUGGGGAACAAGGAAUUAUUGCAGAAAAAGUUGUUGCCAAAUGGAAGAAAAUAGGGGAGGAGAUUGAAAUAUACAGAGAUUUGAAACACAAUGUUGACAAACUACAUCAGCAAUCUUUAGCACUGCAGACCAAGAUCUUGGAAUUACAGAAAAGUCCAUUUGCCAGAACCAAACAACAUGAAGUGUUGGAGAGUCUUGAAAAUUUAUCUAAGAAAUCCAGUGAUUUAUACCAAGAGUUGAGGCAAGCAGGCAAAGCUGGACGUGAGCAAUUCAAGGAUCACAAGCCCAUGGUACAAUUAGUUCUGAAAUGUAUCCUCAAUCGAGAUCAGAGUCUACAGGACCUCUAUACACAUCUGGGGAAAAUCUGUGCCUGCAAACAUGAACUGUUCCAGUUAUUACCCAGCAUUCAGCAGUGCUGUAAACAGAUCACAGAUGCCAAAAACAAACUGUUACAGUCACAGAAACAGAGACAAUCUGAUAUCUGGAGUCUUCUCAGAUUAGCUACUGAGAAUGGAUUGAACCAUCAAGACAAGAGUAGCGGCCAUGCCAGCAUGUUGAUUUCUAUGUAUGGAGGGGCGUCUCUUGACUCCAUGAAGGCAUGUGAUGAAAACAGAGAAACUGUACAAAUGUGUGACGAUAUGAUAAAGAGUUUAAUAGAUGAACAAGAGGAACAUUUGUCGAUGAUGGACUGGAGCUUUCUGCCACCAAUGAAACCCAAGGAACCAUGACACUUCAAAAAUUUGUCAGGCAUAUAGUCUAAUAAUGUCUUGGAGAGGAAAUUAAAACUUCCACCAACGAAAGCUCUUCUCUCAAGUCCUUCAAAAUCAGGAUAAGAUUUUUUACUACCAGUAUUUUAGAAUGAAUAUCUUAAGCAGCAUUCGUAACAAAAAAAAAUCCUACCACUGGUUUGAUCUUGGGUUAAACCGUUCAUUUAUUAAAUAAGAUUUUUUUCUAUUAAUGUGUUAUUUAUAAUUUUAUUACAUUUCAACCUGUAACUGCCAUGAUUUAUUUGACUUGAAUAGGGAAAGACAUUUAGUACAGUUAGUGACUUGAAAGAAGGAAAGAAAUAUAAUGGUCUAGUAACUUGAAUCAUUCCUAUUAGAUUUGAACUGCAACAUUUCAGACAUCAGGCUUAAAUACUCAUAUCCUGUUAUUCUUGUUAAAUGUAUAGGUACAAAUAUAACUAUCCAAAAAUUAAAUGCAUUGAAUCUAGGACACAUUCCUUAGUAAUUUUAGUGAAAUUAAUUCUGUGGUACAUACACAUGUAGAUAGCAAGUAUUAAGAAGUAUUAAAGGUUGCUGCUUGCCACAAAGAUACCGCAGUAAUCAUUUUAUCAGUUUUUGCUAAAAGCAUGCAAAUAUAUAUUUAAUUUUCUUGUUUUGAAUAUCUGUUGUAAAACAGGCUUGUUAAUAAGUGUACCCAGGUAUAUGUAGUUAAGUUUUCCAUUUGUUUGAUAGGACUUAAAAAAACUGUCUUGAAAUUGUUUACAGAAUUUAUUAAUUUAUAGAAUAUUUUAUUUUUAUGGCAUUGUUUAUUUUCUUAAUAAGGAAGAUUUUUGAGAGUUUAUUUUUAUUUCUUUCACACAUAUUUGGACUCCAAAAAUUUUUUGUUAUAAAACCACACAAUUUGGCUAAAAACCACCUUUCUUCUGCAUGCAAUUAACAUUAGUUAGCAAGUUUUGAAGAAGAUGAAAAAAUCAUUCAAUACAUGCUCAUGUGAACUGUAUCUUUGAUGAUUGGGGGAAGGGGGAGGGGAAAAUCUCAAACUGAAAAAAAGUGAAAGAAAAUGAUACAUACAUGCAUAUAUAUGAGGAUUUAAAAUGGCAAAAUUUGCAAAGUUAAACUGUAGAUAAAUGGCAAUGAAAUUAGAUUUUGUUUUACAUGAUGUUUUAGAGUAUAUUAUAAUGUAGGGCAGCUAAGUCUUUUUUUUUCUUCAUGUGUUCUUUCUAUGCAUAAAUGUCUGAUUAAUAGGAAAAUCUACUGGGUUUUCAUUUUUAUUUAUGACAAAUUUGACAAUAUAAUAAUGAGAAAAACCAUCAAAAAUGGCAUUGUACAUAGCUGUUGAAAAUAAGUUACCAAUUAUCUAUUUAUACAGUGUACUUUAAAUUAUAUAUUUUUAUCUUAAAAUAUGGAUGUACCAUAAUUAAUUUGUAUUUAAAAUGCAUACUGCUUAGUACAUGUAUAAUAGAGCAAGUCAGUAAAUUAACACAAAAUCAGAAUGAAUCACUUUUCUCAUUAAUCAAGUUCUUCAUAGGUUUGCUACAUAACAAAGAUGAUCUUACAGUAUUAAUUUGAGGUGUAAUGGUAGCUGAUUUUUCCUUCUUUAAGGAUAAAAAAGAAAGGAUUUUUUCAGGUACCCUUAAACUUGAUUGUUCAUUUGUUAAAGAGUAAGAGAUAUGUAAGUAUAAAUAAACAUGGA